UACACAUCAAAGUUGCAUCAAUUCCCUCUCCCUCUGCUUCGUCUUCCUCUUUCUCUCCAAUAUGGAUUUAGGAACAGAGAUCAAAUCAGACACAAGACAAGAAGAACAGAGACAUGUUUUUGAAGAUUACCCUGAACCUCUUAGAUACACCACAUGGGUUUUAAGAGUUUCUAUCCAUUGUGAAGGAUGCAAGAGAAAAAUCAAGAAAAUAUUGAGCAAAAUCGAUGGUGUAUAUACAACAAAUAUCGACGUGAAGCAACAAAAAGUAACGGUGAUCGGAAACGUAGAGCCGGAGAUUUUAAUCAAGAAGAUCAUGAAAGCCGGUAGACACGCCGAGCUAUGGCCAACGUCAAUGGAGAACAACAUUAACAACGAUGGUAACUAUCAGAGGAAACCAAAGAAAGAUAGCGAAGAAACCAGUGGAGAUGAAGACGACGACGAAAACAACAACAACGGUGGAGCUGACGGCGGUGGUGGAGGUGGCGGUGGCGGUGGCGGUGGAGGAAACUGUGAUCAGGUGAAACAAGUUGUGACGUUCGUUAACGGUCAACUUCAACCACAAGGAGAUGGAGCUCCGAAGAAGAAGAAGAAAAAGAAAAAGAAGAAGAAAAGCUUAGGGAACACGACGGUGGUGAUGGAAGGAGGCGGUGGCGGAGGUGGUGGUGGUGGUGCUCCGCCGCAAAACAAUGGACCACCAGAGACAGUGAUAUACUCAGCUCCACAAGAUCAUCACAUUAUUCACGGACCUCCACAACAUCAUCACCAUCAGCAGAAUCAUCCGUAUCCAACGGUUCACAGUCCUCCACGUCAUCAUCCACAACAAAUGUACGGUCCGGGUCCGGGACCGCGGCCUCCUUCGUUUUAUCAUACUCAGCCUCAAACGGCGCCGUCUUAUACGGUGAGUUACAACACGGUGCAUGGGCCAAGUAACGGUGGGAAUGAGACGGCGUCGUAUUACACGGCUCCUCCUUCUCAUCCGACGUCGUAUUAUUCUUAUGAGUACGUGGACACUGGCUACGAAUCUCCACCGCCCGAAUUUUAUUCGUAUAGAUCUCAGCCGUCAGAUUCGUUUGAAGCACUCAGCGAAGGCAAUCCAAACUCUUGUUACGUCAUGUGAGAUUGAUUAAGUUUUGGAAUUGACAUAAUUGGGCUUGGAAUGGCAUCUUGUAAAUGCCUAACGAUGUGUUUAUUAGAGGGGCAUUUUCGUAAACAACUAAUAUCAGUAAUUAACUUAAAUUUUAUAU